UUUCAAACAAUCAUAAACUAGUGAUAGCUUAAAUUUCAAAUAACUACCACAAGAAGCAUCCUAGCUUAUUCUAGCUACCUUUUGUGUCAUUCCUUGCCUUCUCUUUCCAUAUAAAUAUCUCCAUUGCCAAUGCUUCUCCUCCUUCAGUUCUGAUUCUUCUGAAAAUUUCACUAGAUUAAUUUUAUCAAAAAAUAUUAAUUUAAUCACCUUGAGAUCUUCACCUCAAUUCAGAAGCUGCCCCUCACUUUCAAAUCUCACUCAAUAUAAACCCUAACACUUCAUUCAAGUUCUCAUGAUCUCUUUCUCUUCUUUCUGAUCAUAUACAUUGAUCAUUUCCUCAGUGAUCAUUGAUAUAAUUCAGUAAUGGCUUUGCUAGUUCCGUAUUCUGAUCCAAAAUUAAGAAAACCUAAUUUACUAAAAGAUUUUCUACUAGAUGAUUUUAGUUCAUGUUCAUCCAACGGCUUCCGUUCGUUCCCUAGACGACAAUGUUGCACCACCACGGUCCGAUUCUUGCUCGAUCUCGAUCUCGCAAAAAAAAAUCACAAACUUCACCAAAUUCCCCCGACUCAAAAACCAUCAAAUUCUCCUGCUAAAACAAUGCUUCAAAGAGCUUCCACCGCGGUCUAUAAAGCCGUGAAAAAACUCCCCUUCGCAUCAUCCGUAAAACCUAGACGAGCCAUUUUACCGAGAAGUAUUUCUCGAAAGUUGUUCAAGCGGAGCUUCUGGAAGAAAUCUGAUCGCAAGGAGAUCCAACGGUGGAACACGUUUCACACUGUGGUGGAUACUAAAUCAGAGCCACCAAUUUACUCUCCUGUUCAGACAAACACGGUGAUCACAAACAGUAAAAAAGUUAAAAGUUACAGCAGCAGCACUGUUAGCUGGACAGAGAGUGAGUUCAACAGUAGUAGCUCGUGUUCCAGCGGUAAUUCCGGGACGGUAAAUUCAUCAGAGAAUGAUGGGGUGAAAAAUUCGGAGCAAGGGGUAAAUAUCGGCAAGAGAGUAGACGUUAUUGUCGGUGAAGCAAUGACUACUUCUGAUGCCAACUGUGCUGUGGAUAGCCCUAAGAAACCAUGGCCUAGUGAGGAGAACAAGGAGCAAUUCAGUCCGGUAUCAGUGCUUGAUUGUCCGUUCGACAAUGAUGAUGCUGCGGAGGAAGAAGAUGAGGUUUCUUCUGCUUUUAAGCACAAGAGGGCCCCUCCUGUGGAAGGAUCAAAACACAAGCUCAAGAAGACUCCUCGGCGUCUGGAGAGCUUAUCUAAACUCGAGCCUGUCGCUUUAGAGAAGCGCAUUGCACUAGCCGACUGUGAGAACGAAUCCGUUGGAUCUCCCUUGUUGUCCAUCCACGAAAACCUCGUCUCAGACAAUGACGAAGAUUACACAAAUUCAGGUAAAAAGUCAGAGGAACUACUUGAACAAAUGAAGGCAAGAACACCAUCAAUGAGUCUGAGACUCAACUCAGACGACAAUCUUUUCUUGGACUUCUUUAUCGAGGCAACAUGUGAAGAUAACAACGUGUCUGACUGUGAGCUGCUGGAUAUGGCGAAAGAUUGGAUGAAUGGAGGACCGCAAGAGGUGUUACUGGGAUGGGAAGUGCAGAAGAACAGGGAAGUGUACAUCAGAGAAAUGGAAAAAGGAGGCAUGUGGGGUAAAUUAGAUCAAGAUAGACAAGAAGUGGCUUUAGAGUUGGAGGCUGAGAUUUUCACUUCUUUGGUGAAUGAUCUUAUUGUUAGUUUUUGAUGAAUUUUAGUUCGAUGUUGAUAAUGGACAACAUCACAACAACUAAGGUUUGUGUUGCCGAAGGACUCAGCAGGCAGGGAUUCGAAGAAGUUGCGUGGGGUACAUUUUUUUUUUUGUUACAAAAUCAAAUAAUAUCGGCUGCUUAAAAAGUGUUUGAUCUUGUAUAGGAUGAAUCUCAGAUAUUUGCCAUUUUAAAUAAAAGUU